AUGGAAAAAACCGAAUAUCGUGCAGUGAUAAAAUUCUUUGUUUUGGAAGGUUUAUCAGCAACAGAAAUUCAUACAAAAAUGGUGAAAGUGUUAAAGGAAUCUGCUCCUUCAUUUCCAACUGUGCAUCGAUGGGUUUUAGACUUUAAACGUGGUCGUACAAGCGUUGAAGAUGAACCACGUAGUGGACGUCCAAAAAGUGCAACAACACCAGAAAUCAUUGAGCAAGUCUAUGAUAUUGUUUGUAAAGAUCCAAGUUUAACUAAGCGUGAAAUUGCUGAUACCAUAGGCAUCUCAGAUGAACGAGUACUCCAUAUUUUACACGAAGAAUUACAUAUGAAAAAGCUGCUCGGAAAGUUAGUGCCGCAUUCGUUAACAAUUCAACAAAAACUGAAUCGAAAACAAAUUUCUCACCGUAAUUUGGAGCGUUUUAAGCAGAAUAAAACCGAUUUUGUGCGUCGUUUUAUAACUAUGGAUGAGACUUGGAUCUACCAUCAUGAUCCUAAACUGAAACAAGAACGUUUACAGUGGAUUGAAGCUGGUUCUUCAGCUCCAAAACAGGUGAAGUCAGAACGAUCGGCAAAAAAGGUUAUGGCAUCAGUUUUUUGGGAUGCAAAAGGGGUUUUGUUGAUUGAUUAUCUUGAAAAAGGUGAAUCAGCUGGUGAAUAUCCGAUUAAUAUUAAAUGCGAAAUUACAACAACUUAUGAAAAACAUAUCAAGCAUUUACAACUAUGCUUAUUCAAUGAUUGA